GGCUCAGCUGGCAGCGGCUGCCAGUCGGCCUCUAACUAGUGUCGUGAGAGGGUGCGGCUAUCCGCCUCCCUAGCCACCAGCACCACGUCCCAGGAUACGGGAACCCACAGCCUCCUGCUGCCCCUGGCAUUGCACGGGAAAGUGAACGCUUGUGCCCCGCGAUGGUGCCAGUGGUGGGGGCUGUGGUGCCGGCGGCCCGCGGCCUCUGACGAGCUGCUGUCAGUGUGGUGACGCGAGUGAUUUCUACGAGUCCCGCCGCGGUGGUGUGUAUUUGUGACACGUUGUAAGGGAUUACAUGUGCCGACCCCGCGCUGCAGCGCACCUGGUUUGCACCUAAGCUCCGCAGCUGUUGAUCCAGGCUCGUCCUCUGCCUCCACCACCACCAUGUCGUCCACGCUGCCCCGUACCCGCAGCGUGAGCGCCGCCUCCACCUCCUCCUCGGGCAGCAGGGAUCGGGUGCGUCCAGUAUCCGUGUGCGACACUUCGUGGGCCAGGAUGAGCGGCCAGGAGCUCCGGCAGCAGCAGCUCGUGAGGACGCCGUCGCAGGCCAACAAUCUGUGUACCACCGUCCCGCAGAGCCUCGUUGUGCAGAACCUGGGCGGCCGCCACACCCCUACCAGGAGCAGCCUCAGGCACUCUCGCAUGAUCGUCCUCUCCAAGAAUGGCAAAGCCGUACGUGACCGGCGGUGGGCCCCCAACAGCCUGGGUCGUGCCGGCGUGCUGGUGGUGACGGCGCAGAUCCUGGUGGGGGUGAUGGGCGUGACCCUGGCCGCCUGGUUCCUGAUGUGGGCGCCCAUCCUCAAGUUUAGGGAGGUCCCGCACUACGCUGGUGUCCCGGUGUUCCUGGCGGGGGUGUGCGGCGCCAUCCUCAUCAGCUGCUUCCAAAGGCGCCGCCACAGCUCUCUCGGCAGCGCAAUCAAGGGCUUGCUGGUGGCGCUGUGCUGCGUCAGCGUAGUGACCUGCCUGUGCGUGUGCAUCUUCACGGCGCUGCACCUCACCCAGCUGGCCGCGAUGACCUGCCACACCGAGCACUCCACGGUGUCCCACCCCGGCCAGCGCCUCGCCCUCGCGCCCGCCCCGCCCACCAGCCAGUUGCCGGGGAUGGAGGACGACGAGGACCAGGGCGAGGGCAGCGGCUCGGGCGCGGCUGAGGCGGCCGUGUACGAUGACGUGGACGAGGCUCUGGAGUUCGAGACUGUCACCCUGGAGAGUGUGACGAUGGGCCCGGAUCACGAGAUCGUCCUCAACAUCACGUCGUGUGCCUGUGAGCAGCGCGGCGCCUCGUGGCGGCGCAGGAUGUCGUACCCAAACCUCAGCUGCCUGGAGGUGAAUAACAUCCUGCCCAUCCUCUUCGUGGCCUCCUGCGUCGUGAUGGCCAUCGGUGCCGUGCUCUCCGCCCUCAUCCUCUACCUCCUGUGGUCGUUCAAAAACAGUUUCUACGGCCCCGUAAAGCCGCACGAGCGACGGCCGUUCAUAUUCACGAGUAACUUUAAAGACACGACCAAAACGAGCAAUGGGUCGAGUACCAAGGUGGCCAACGGUGACUCGAGGUUCAGGUGACGAAGGUAACCGCGGAGCGUGAGGCGAGGCCGUGCGCGGCGCGGCCCACCGGUGUCUCGAGGGGCGGGAGGAGCAGUGCGGCUAUGACACACGCUUGGGGGAAUGUACCUGGAGUCUUCUGUGGGCCUUGUUCCUCCCCGUCGCAUGUAAUGGAGUGUACCGGGCAGUGGACCAUACCGGGAGUCCUUAGUUGGCACGCUGGAAAUGCCGACGCUCGAGUUUUUUGAUGUUCAAAAAUAGAAUCCACCCGACCGACCACAACGCUGAUCAGAUGCGGGUGAAACAAGUGUAUAAUCUAUAUUUUAUGUACCGACGAAUGUUACUGUGUAAUAGCGUAGAAUCUUUUAACUAGCCUUAUAACGAACGCGGCUGCGGCGAGGCAAAGAACACUUAACACGCGGGGCCGUCCAUGGAGUGGCUGGCUGACUGGUACGUGACACCCACUCGUCACAGUUCGAGUCUCCCUGUAGACGCACGCACGUGAACAUAAACAGUUUUCUAUGUAAUUAGGUCAGUUUAUAUACAACUAAGCCUAUAGUUUAUCCAUUACUGUAAUAAAGCUUGAUUCCCGUCAUAGUGCCAGUGUUUUGCAAGCUUCCAACCCGCUCAGUGAACCCAAGACAGACACCACCAAACAGCCGCAGUCCUGCCAACCCUCCCGCGGCACCCAGGAGCACAGGUCCGAGGUGUUUGACGCCUGAGGUCCUCUGCAGUGUUUGUAGUGGUGCCUCCGGGGAUUGAAGUGACCUCUUCAGGGACCCCAGUACUCCCAGACAAGGAGGAGAAACAUCCGAGUCACGUUUGUUGACUCACCCACCUACGCUCUCUCUCUUAUCCCCCAAGACUUCCCCAGCACUCAAGAGGCUGGCUGCACGUGGCGGAAGCAGGUUCAACAGCGUCAACAGCUCCCGGUCAAGCCUCAUUAUCAGGUGUGGGCCAAUAGCUGGUCGAUGAUAAGGAUAAGGCGAGGAGCUUGGAGAGGCCAUUUCCUGCCCCGCUUGAGUGACUGGUAAAAUCGCUGUCGCUAUAUAUGCUGCAACAGUCCUCCUCGGCAGUCAGUCACGAACUUCCUUCUGCCUGGAGCGGACGCAGAGAACCAGUGUGACAAGCAUUCGCGUGGGUCUUCUCGCUGCCUGAACUGAUCGUGGCAUACUCCAAAAGGAACGACCCCAACGCCAGCAUGACCCGCCCCGAAUACUUCCUCCUGGCCACGGCGCUCCUCUACCUGUGCCUCUGCCUGCCGCCCGCCGCCUCGAAGCCCGCCCUGCUGAAGCCUGAGGGCAGCUACUCCAGGCGCACUGAGGAAGGCAUCAGAGUUGUGAAUGACCUACUCAACCAGUUCCUCCAGCAGGUUGCUGAACUUGCUGGCAAGAACCCAACUUCGCUGAGCGCUGAAAGUACUGAAAAUACUGAAAAUGAGCAUGUGAUGGAACUGCUGCCCCCCAAACCAUCCCACAUCUCCCCUGUGAAGCCAGACCAGGCGAAGGGUCCAUCAGAGAGCGCUCCUCAGGGUCAAGACACACAGCCUGCCAAAGGACUAGUCAACAGCGGAUUCAUAGUGUUCCCCUCAGACUAGGGACAAAGGAUUCAAGAGGGAGAGCUGAAUAUAUUAGUUUUGAUCUGAUUAUGAUAAGGUAAAUGAAGGUUCACGUUCUAUAUUCAUAUGUAAUAGUAGUAGUAGCAGUAGUAGUAGCAGUAAUUGUAGAAGAAUAGGAAUCACUUUAGGUUCAAGGAGGAGAUGACUAGACAUAACUCGCCUGGUAAUAUGGUAGUGGAUUAAUGGAACAAAAUAAACAAAUGGUGCAAAUACGAUUAAAGUAUUUAUAUGGAGGUUAGGUAGAUUUAUUAAUGGAGAAGACAGAUGGCAAAUGGCAAGGUGUCAGGACUUGUCUCGUGUAUGCUGACUGGAUUUUUUUGUGGUUUCCGUGAAGUGAAAGUUACGCCAGACCUUGUGUACGCUGUUUCGACUUUCGUGGCCCCCCUGGUAGGAGUGUUACUUCAUAUCUCGUGUACACUGACUGGGUUUAUGUGGUCCCAUUGGUGUGAGUGUUAUACCAUACCUUUACGAUGUCACAUCUCCCAAAACAAACACUUACUUACCUCA